GCGCGGGGGAAGCGACGCGGUUCCUCCAUAGAAACAAAUCAACUUCUUUGUGCUGCUUUGAUGACUCUCCUCUGCUCUGCUCUGUCUAAGUAAAUGGAUUCCCCUGCCUAGCAUGGAUGCCCCGACACCUCCACAUUCACCAUCCUCUUCCUCAGCUGGGGGCUUUUUCUUCUUGGCGCAGUGAGCUGGACUCGUACUGAUUUUUUCCCCUCUUGCCAAAUGGAUGUGGGAAAGCCGCUGCUCAGCCCGCUGGUGAAGAUCAUGCCUUGAUCUUACAGCUGCCUGAAUUCACGUCGUAGGGGUUAAAGAGAAAACAAGACAGAGGAAUAUACGAUCCAGGGAUUUAAACCCAGCGCACCAAACAAGCACCAUGAAGAUCCCCCACCUGAUAUUUAGAGCCAGGCUCAGGUGCACCGUCAAGCUCCUACUGCUGCUAACACACUGUGUGGGGCUUUUACACGGGAUGCCACAUGUGCUGAGAUUUGGGGGGAUCUUUGAGUCCAUUGAAAGUGGCCCAUCAGGUGCGGAGGAGCUCGCCUUUAAGUUUGCUUUAAACACAAUCAACAGAAACAGAACUCUGCUUCCAAACACCACACUCACCUACGACAUCCAAAGGAUAAACAUCUACGACAGCUUCGAGGCCUCCAGGAAAGCCUGUGACCAGCUUUCUCUUGGGGUAGCAGCGAUUUUCGGCCCCUCUCACAGUUCCUCUGCUAAUGCUGUCCAGUCUAUUUGUAAUGCCCUUGGGGUCCCACACAUCCAGACCAAAUGGAAGCAUCAGGUGUCAGACAACAGAGACGUCUUCUACGUGAGCCUUUAUCCAGACUUCUCCUCCCUCAGCCGGGCGAUCCUGGACUUGGUCCACUUCUUCAAAUGGAAGACGGUGACGGUGGUUUACGAUGACAGCACUGGUCUGAUUCGUUUGCAGGAGCUUAUAAAGGCGCCUUCACGGUACAACAUCCGGUUAAAGAUCCGGCAGUUGCCUGCAGAAACCAAGGAUGCAAAGCCACUCUUAAAGGAGAUGAAAAGGGGAAAGGAGUUUCAUAUUAUCUUUGACUGUGCCUUUCAGCUUAUAGCAGGGAUAAGUGGGGAUAAAAUGAUACAUAGAGUUUAACAUUGUAUCUAUUCUUUCCAGGAUCUGUUUGCACUGGACGUGGAACCUUACCGGUACAGUGGUGUAAACAUGACGGGUUUCAGGAUACUCAACACCGAGAACAGCCAGGUGGCUUCUAUCAUCGAGAAGUGGUCCAUGGAGCGACUGCAGGCUCCACCGAAACCUGACUCCGGAUUACUGGACGGCUUCAUGACUACGGAUGCUGCGCUGAUGUAUGAUGCUGUGCACGUGGUGGCCGUUGCUGUGCAGCAGUCUCAGCAGAUCACUGUCAGCUCAUUACAGUGCAACCGACACAAGCCCUGGCGUUUUGGAAACCGCUUCAUGGCCCUCAUCAAAGAGGCUCACUGGGAUGGCUUGACGGGGAGAAUCACGUUCAACCGGACCAAUGGCCUGAGAACAGACUUUGACCUUGAUGUAAUCAGUCUGAAGGAAGAGGGGCUUGAAAAGUCCCCGGCCUCCUUUCUACCACUUAACGUACAGACACCGCAAUGUCGUUCAGACUGGAGAAGUGUAGGGAAUGCAGUCAGAACUGAGGGGAUCAAACUACCAGAAGACAACAUUGCAAACAGAGAGGACAGUAACAAGUACCUGGGCAUCCCACAGGCAAAUGGAAACCACAAAGAGGCUGCUAGGAAAGCUACCACCAUCAAGUAUCUGCAGAGGGUUCAGGCCAGUCCUGAGGAGUCAGCUGAACACAGCUCUUAUCUUAUUGUUAAAGCAUGUGGAACCCUGAAAGCUGAGCUUGUGGCCAACGCCAGCCUGACGUGCCCGAGAGAGGCACAGAGUAAAAGAUGGGAAGUGCUGCUAAGACUCAUCCCUCCUCCCUAUUUUGCCCAACAGGAAGAACCAUACGUGAUGUUCAAGAAGUCUGACAAACCACUCUAUGGAAACGACCGCUUUGAGGGCUACUGCAUUGAUCUACUCAGAGAGCUGGCCAACAUCCUAGGCUUUACUUUCGAGGUCCGCCUGGUGGAAGAUGGAAAAUAUGGUGUCCAGGAUGAGAACACAGGCCAGUGGAAUGGCAUGGUCAAGGAGCUAAUGGAUCAUAAAGCUGAUCUUGCAGUGGCUCCGCUCACCAUCACGUAUGUGCGCGAGAAGGUUAUCGACUUCUCCAAGCCCUUCAUGACGCUGGGUAUAAGUAUACUGUACCGCAAGCCCAACGGCACCAACCCCGGGGUCUUCUCCUUCCUCAACCCCCUCUCGCCUGAUAUCUGGAUGUAUAUUCUGCUGGCUUACUUGGGUGUCAGUUGUGUGCUGUUUGUCAUAGCCAGGUUUAGUCCCUACGAGUGGUAUAACCCCCACCCUUGCAACCCUGACUCGGAUGUAGUGGAAAACAAUUUCACCCUGCUUAAUAGUUUCUGGUUCGGAGUUGGAGCUCUCAUGCAGCAAGGAUCUGAGCUCAUGCCGAAAGCCCUCUCCACCAGAAUUGUAGGAGGAAUCUGGUGGUUUUUCACACUCAUCAUUAUCUCCUCCUACACGGCAAACUUAGCAGCCUUCCUAACUGUGGAGAGGAUGGAGUCGCCUAUCGACUCUGCUGAUGAUCUGGCCAAGCAGACAAAGAUAGAAUAUGGAGUUGUAGAAGACGGCGCAUCCAUGACCUUCUUCAAGAAAACCAAGAUCUCAACAUAUGACAAAAUGUGGGAGUUCAUGAGCAGUCGGCGGCACUCUGUGAUGGUGAAGAACGUCGAGGAAGGCAUUCACCGAGUGCUCACCUCGGACUACGCGUUCCUCAUGGAGUCCACCACCAUCGAAUUUGUCACGCAGCGCAACUGCAACCUCACACAGAUUGGAGGCCUCAUUGACUCAAAAGCCUAUGGGGUCGGGACCCCGAUGGGCUCUCCGUACAGAGAUAAGAUCACUAUUGCCAUUCUGCAGCUUCAAGAGGAAGGGAAGCUACACAUGAUGAAGGAGAAGUGGUGGAGAGGAAAUGGUUGUCCAGAGGAGGAAAGUAAGGAGGCCAGUGCCCUUGGGGUGCAGAACAUCGGUGGGAUCUUCAUCAUCCUGGCAGCUGGACUUGUUCUCUCCGUCUUUGUGGCCAUGGGAGAGUUCCUCUACAAGUCCAAACAGAACGCACAACUUGAAAAGAGGUCUUUCUGCAGUGCCAUGGUGGAAGAACUGCGAGUCUCCCUCAAGUGCCAGCGCCGACUCAAACACAAGCCCCAGCGACCCAUAAUGGUGAAAACAGAAGAGGUUAUCAACAUGCACACCUUCAACGACCGAAGACUGCCAGGCAAAGAGACCAUGGCCUAAAAUGGGAAUCUCAGUCCAUCUCUUACCGUUUUUCUGGUAGUGAGACGGAGUGCAGAGACAUUGGGGAAAAGGUUGCGGGUAAAUGGUAGGGGUGUUGCUCGGGGGGCAAAUUUGGCAGUUGUAUUACUCUGAAGAUAGAGCAGAAGUGCUUUGCAAUAUAUUGACGACAUAUUGUUCUUGUUUCUUUAUAAUUAGCUAGGGAUAAGAGAUUCUACAAUAUUUCCUGUGGAAAUAACUUGAUUCUGGGUGAAAUUUCAGCGUGUUACCUCAUUACACUUACCAACUUGGCAAGGCAGAAAGACGGAAAACUAUCAGCUUGUCCAGACUUCCAAAACCCAGAUGUUGAGAAGAGUCUGGAAAUUAACCUGAAGGGGGACAGAAGAAUCCUUUUAAAAACUGGUCCUAUCAUCUUUAGCUGCUACUUAUUUAGUCUUUCACCACAGAGCUCAAAAUGGGCUGGUUAAACAACACCAAUAACAGAUUGUGAGCCAGUAUAGAGAUGUUAACUAGGUGAACAAGGAACUAAGUUUGUAGAAUAAGAUUUGACAGGCUAAAUUAAACCCAAACCAAGAGCAUGACGAGAUUACAAUGUACACAGAGGCAUUCCUUAGUCACGAUACCGAUUGACACAAAAAAUGGUUUUAUUGUAUAUCAUCUAUCAGGCAAUAAGCGAUAUCAUGUAUUUAUUUUUCAGAGUACUAGCACUUUUGUUUUCUAAUCUGCUGGUGGAGGUGACUUUUAGCAACUAUAUGGAGAAAUUGCAGAAGUAGAGGUUAUACAGUAUAGUGAGCUUUCUAUGUCCCUUUCCAGAAACUCCUCUAUGAAGGUGGAGUAACUUGUUUUCCAACAUCCCAUGCUCCCUUUGAUUCGACCAGCCUUUAAACCAUAGGCUGCUGUUCUAAACAAGUGUAGUUUUUUUCUUGAAUUGUGGCUAAAGAUGAUUAGCCGUAUAACAUAAAAUAAUAAUAAUAAUAAUAAUAAUAAUAAUAAUAAUAUUCUAGUAAGUUUGGCUAGUAAGAAUGACAAACCAUGUACUUUCAGUUUGAUGUCUAUUCUCUACUGGUGUAGAGGUGUUUCAUUUAGAUGACCCAGUAUCUGUAAAAUAUUGUCUUGUAUAUUUUUUUUGCUUGGUUGUAAUUUCCACGGUCACACAGCACACAGUGGUGUACUCCCACUAGAGUGGAACCUGCCGUGUUUUCAUUGGAGGCAUCCACUGACUGUCUGAAAACACCUCCAACAUCAAUAAAAAGAAACCCUGGAAAGGUGUGGGCACGGCUCAUCAAGUCUAAAUCCACAGCAGUCACACCACACAUAAAUUCUAUUUAUUCAAGAUAUUUAUUGUUUUUAUUUAUUAAUUAUUAUUUUAUAAAGAUCUUUAUUUAUAUCUCUUUGGACUGAUUUUUCAUUGCUGCAGUGAACACACUUCAUUUGAACACUGUAUGGGGACACACACUUUUUGCAUUUUUGUUUGUUUGUUUUUUGUGUUAUUUUCUUUAUUCUUAUUUUAUUUCACUGGUCAGUGGCAUGGCCUCCAUUUUAACUUUGUACCUUUGUGGCUUUCUUCCUUUCACAGCAAAUCUCCACAGUUACUUGUGCAAAUGCAAUUUCUAUGAAAAAAGUGUUUUUGUAUGACAAGUAUCAAAAUUUUGUAAUGAUUUUUACCAACACAAACCACACUAAGAGGAGUGUCAUCCACGGCCAAGGGGUGAAGCUCCCGGCUGGUAGUUCAGGAGGCUUUGUACACUAGAAAAGAACCAACACCAAACAAACACACAUCUAGACCCCUAAGAGCCCAUCAUGCACCCAUCCUCAACGGAUUCGCACUAAUUAUUAUUAUGCUCUCCAACAGAGACACAGAGCAUUAUGGCAAAGCUUCAGUGACACUGUAUUAUUUUGGAGAAGCAGAAAAUAAACUAUUUUUAUCAUGUAAAGGAAUCAUAUUUACAGAAAGAUAUUUUUACUUCACACAGAAGAAGAAUGGUGGUUGGUAAGAGCAAAUUAAAAUGUUGGCUAAAAAGGAAGAUUAUUGAUGAUUCUUUUAUUCUACACCCCUGAUUAAUUAUAGAUUGCUAGAAUCCAGUGCUGAGCAAUUGUGUGUAAAUGGUUUUAAAAAGGAAAAGAUGUAUUUAGAAGAAUUAUAAAGACAACUAAAUAAUUUUGAACCUGUUAUAAAAACAAGAUGCAGUGCACACAGUUUACCCUUUGAAGUUGAUGCACAAGUUUAAAGAAAAUAAAACAAAAUGUGUUCAUAA